ACUCUCAACACAAUCGCUACCUACACACACUUACAACAGAUACAGGCAACAGCAACAGCAAUAGCAAGCAACAGCAACAGCAGCAACAGCAACAGCUACAACAAAAAGACUCGCUGACGCAUUCUACCAUUGAAUUAUAAAUUGCAGUCAUGGUUGCAGAAGAUCAACAUCUCUUGUUGCUCGAUGGAGCUGAUGACUGGGAUGAGUUUGAACAACGAGUCGAAGAGUCCUUAGCGGCCGAUAAACAACAACAACAACAACAGGGCAACAUUACAUUACCAGUCUUGGGCAUGAUUUGCAUGUCUUGUGUGAACGCCAUUACAUCUGUUCUCUCAACUUCACCUGGUAUUCUUAAAGUCCAAGUCUCAUUGAAACAAGAGCAGGCCCAAGUUGAAUAUGAUCCUGUUCAGAUUUCGCCUGCUAUGAUCAAAGAAGCUAUCGAGGAUUGUGGAUUUGACGUACCGUUUGAUACCAGUUCUCUUCCUUCUACAAUCUCAUCAACAACACCCAUAUCUGCUAUCAACAACAAUAACAGUUAUGUUGCAUCACCAAAAACACCUAUUCCAAACGUCCGGGUCACUUCCUCUUUUUCUCCUUCAUCAUCAAAACAUCCCUUGACAACAACAACAACAACAGUGGCAUUAGUAUCCCAUGCGACCUUAUCAGAAGCGAUCGAUCAAUCAUCUAAUCCAUCAACAUCAACAAAAAUCAAAACUGCUCAAUUGUCUGUUCAAGGUAUGACCUGUGCGUCCUGCGUGGCUUCGAUCGAAAAAUCUCUCAAAAAUACACCUGGCCUUGUAUCGAUUAAAGUAGCUCUUCUGGCCGAACGGGCGACUAUUGAAUAUAUUGAGGGUCAGACAACACCUCGAGAAAUUGCUGAUAUGAUUGAUGACAUUGGGUUUGAAGCAACUCCUAUUGCUGAGCAACGGACCAAUACAGUUGAUCUUCAGAUCUUUGGUAUGACCUGUGCAUCCUGUGUGAACACGAUCGAAGGAGAGCUUCGCAAGAUGCCUGGAAUCCUAUCUGCCUCUGUCAGUUUGACUCUUCAGGCUGCCAAGAUUGAAUAUGACAACACUGUCUUGGGUGUCCGAGAUAUUGUCGAGAGGAUCGAGGAUAUGGGAUUUGAUGCUCUGCUGGCAGAGCGAUCUCAUAAUGCACAGCUCGAGUCUCUUGGAAGGACCAAAGAAAUCAACGAAUGGCGACGGGCCUUGUUUGCAAGUCUCACCUUUGCAGUCCCGGUCUUUAUCAUCUCCAUGAUCUUGCCAAUGUUUAGCUGGGGCCUGUCCUUAUAUAAUAUCCCAGUACUGUUUAACCUAGUCCUUGGAGAUGUCUUGGCUUGUAUCUUGACCAUUCCUGUACAAUUUGGUGUCGGACGACGAUUCAUGGUGAGCGCAUACAAGUCAAUCAAGCAUGGUGUGGCCACCAUGGACGUCUUGGUCUCGUUGGGCACCCUCUCUGCGUUUACAUUCUCCAGUUUCUCGAUGAUUUACUCCAUGUUUGAUACUGCACACAAGGCCACAGUUUUCUUUGAUACGUCCAGCAUGUUGAUCGCAUUCGUGACAUUUGGUCGGUACUUGGAGAACAUGGCCAAGGGUAAGACCUCGGUAGCUCUUUCCAAACUCAUGUGCUUGACUCCAUCCACCUGCACCAUCUACGUAUUGGAUCCCAAGACUGGUGAGCGUAUCUCUGAGAAACAAAUUCCAUCUGAAUUGGUCCAAAAGGGUGAUUUGAUCAAGAUUGUCCCAGGAGACAAGAUCCCAACAGACGGAGUAGUAGUCUCGGGUGAGUCGACCGUGGAUGAGAGCAUGGUUACAGGAGAGGCCGAGCCUAUCAACAAGCAUGUGGGAUCUAUGGUUAUUGGAGGCACUGUGAACGGCCUUGGAGCCUUUGAUAUGGAGGCCGUUCGAGUUGGGUCCGAGACUGCAUUGGCUCAGAUUGUGCAGUUAGUGGAGGAUGCACAGACGUCAAAAGCACCGAUUCAAGCGUAUGCGGACAUGAUCUCAGGAUACUUUGUCCCUGCAAUCAUUUUUUUAGCUGCGUUAACGUUUGUGGUCUGGAUGAUCGUCUCACAUACGAUGGUCCCAGCUCAGCUGCCAGAAAUGUUUAUGAUGGAAUCAUCCAAGUUUGUGGCCUGUCUCAAGUUAUGCAUCUCAGUCAUUGUAGUCGCUUGCCCCUGUGCGCUAGGUCUGUCAACACCGACGGCAGUCAUGGUUGGAACUGGGGUUGGUGCGCAAAAUGGAAUCCUAAUCAAGAGUGGUGUUGCAUUGGAGGCGGCUCAUAAGAUCACAAAAGUUGUGUUUGACAAGACUGGUACCUUGACCCUUGGGAAAUUGGAAGUAGCCAGCUGGAGCAUUCAAAAGCCGACAGCUGCAACUACUGGACCAUUAACUCCAUCUCCUUCUUCUUCUGCAGUCUCUUCUUUGGAUUCUUUGACGGACGAGGAGUUGUUGACGAUCAUUGGUUCUGCAGAGUCAGUAUCUGAGCAUCCACUGGGUCGUGCGAUCGGACUCUAUGCGCAGACACAGCUGAAUGUGGCUACUUUUAAUGCUACUGUCUCUCAUUUCGCCGCCAGUACCGGCAAGGGCAUCGCGUGCACAGUCACAUUACCAUCUCUUAAGGAAUAUCAUGUCGUGGUCGGAAACAAAUCUUGGCUUCAUGAUCGUCAGAUUCAAUUGCCUGCUAGUCUUGCAGCAGAUCAAACACACCAAGAACGUGCGGGUCGUACAACUGUCUUGGUCAGCAUUAAUGAUAUCUUUGUCGGAUUCAUUUCAUUGUCAGACAAGAUCAAACCUGAGGCAGCCAAGACAGUUGCAAAGUUACAGCAGAUGGGUAUUCAAGUGGCGAUGGUCACAGGUGAUCAGCCCUUGGUCGCUCAAGUGAUUGCAUCUGAGUGUGGUAUUCAAGAAGUGCAUGCAGGUGUUUCUCCCAAUGGGAAGACUACGAUCGUUUCGACAUUACAAUCUCAGGGUCAUCGUGUGGCCAUGGUUGGAGAUGGUAUCAAUGACUCUCCUGCACUUGCACAAUCAGAUUUGGGCAUUGCAUUGGUUUCAGGUACAGAUAUUGCGAUGGAGGCUGCAGAUAUGGUCCUGAUGCGCGGGGAUUUGACAGAUGUAGUUGCUGCGAUUGACCUGUGCAGAACCAUCUUUAGACGAAUCCGGUAUAACUUUGGCUGGGCUUGUGUGUACAACAUCUUGGGUGUUCCUGUGGCCAUGGGUGUGUUUUUGCCUUGGGGCUAUCAUCUCCAUCCAAUGGUGGCAGGUCUGAUGAUGGCCUUCUCAAGUGUUAGCGUCGUCUUCUCAAGUCUGUUGCUGAAGCGGUGGGAGAGACCCUGUGUCAAGGAUGCGUCCGAGUUGGCAAGAGAGCAAGCAAUCCGUGAACAGUUGAGGACCAAGAAGCAGGCUUUUAUCCGUGAACAAUGGAAAGUCAAAUUUGGAGGAGUCCCUUCCUCCAAGGGCGGCAGUGGCGGUUACAUGCGCGUUGGAACUGAUGAAAACGAGGAGAAUGAGUUGGAUCAGUUUGUUUGAAAAAAAAAAAAAAAAGAAACAUCUGUAAUUAUUUAACACACAUACCCACUACCAUAAAAAAAUAAAUUAUAC